AUGUAUUUCAUUCUAUAUUCCGUGUAUUCUAUAUUCCAUGUAUUUCAUUCUAUAUUCCGUGUAUUCUAUAUUCCAUAUAUUUCAUUCUAUAUUCCGUGUAUUCUAUAUUCCAUGUAUUUCAUUCUAUAUUCCGUGUAUUCUAUAUUCCAUACAUUUCAUUCUAUAUUCCGUCUAUUCUAUAUUCCAUACAUUUCAUUCUAUAUUCCGUGUAUUCUAUAUUCCAUGUAUUUCAUUCUAUAUUCCGUGUAUUCUAUAUUCCAUGUAUUUCAUUCUAUAUUCCGUCUAUUCUAUAUUCCAUACAUUUCAUUCUAUAUUCCGUGUAUUCUAUAUUCCAUGUAUUUCAUUCUAUAUUCCGUGUAUUCUAUAUUCCAUGUAUUUCAUUCUAUAUUCCGUGUAUUCUAUAUUCCAUACAUUUCAUUCUAUAUUCCGUGUAUUCUAUAUUCCGUGUAUUCUAUAUUCCAUGUAUUUCAUUCUAUAUUCCGUGUAUUCUAUUCCAUACAUUUCAUUCUAUAUUCCGUCUAUUCUAUAUUCCAUACAUUUCAUUCUAUAUUCCGUGUAUUCUAUAUUCCAUGUAUUUCAUUUUUAUAUUCCGUGUAUUCUAUAUUCCAUGUAUUUCAUUCUAUAUUCCGUCUAUUCUAUAUUCCAUACAUUCAUUCUAUAUUCCGUGUAUUCUAUAUUCCAUGUAUUUCAUUCUAUAUUCCGUGUAUUCUAUAUUCCAUGUAUUUCAUUCUAUAUUCCGUGUAUUCUAUAUUCCAUACAUUUCAUUCUAUAUUCCGUGUAUUCUAUAUUCCAUACAUUUCAUUCUAUAUUCCGUGUAUUCUAUAUUCCAUACAUUUCAUUCUAUAUUCCGUGUAUUCUAUAUUCCAUACAUUUCAUUCUAUAUUCCGUGUAUUCUAUAUUCCAUGUAUUUCAUUCUAUAUUCCGUGUAUUCUAUAUUCCAUGUAUUUCAUUCUAUAUUCCGUGUAUUCUAUAUUCCAUGUAUUUCAUUCUAUAUUCCGUGUAUUCUAUAUUCCAUAUAGUUCAUUCUAUAUUCCGUGUAUUCUAUAUUCCAUGUAUUUCAUUCUAUAUUCCGUGUGUUCUUAA